AUGGGCUCCUCUCCACUCACAAUGGGGUCAAUUCUGACUUUCUUCCUCCUCGUGAUCCAAAUCGCCUCUGCCCUCAAAUUCGAUCUCCCCGCCACCUCAGGCCACGGCAAGAACGAGCGAUGUAUCCGCAACUUUAUCGCCAAAGACCAGCUGGUCGUUGUGACCGCCAUCGUGAGCGGUUCCAAGGGUGACGGCCAGCGCGUCAACAUGCACAUCAAGGACUCGAUGGGCAAUGACCACGGUCGUCCCAAGGAUAUCGUCGGGGAGGUGCGUCAGGCCUUCACCUCGACCGCCGAUACCACUUUCGACGUGUGCAUGGAGAACCAGCUUGUUGGCCGCAACUCCCAACAAAACCCCGUCCGCGAAGUCGAACUCGAUGUCGAAAUCGGCGCCGACGCCCGCGAUUGGUCCAGCAUCCAAGCCCAGGAGAAAUUGAAGCCCGUCGAGACUGACCUCCGCCGUAUCGAGGAGAUGGUCGCCGAUAUCGUGACCGAGAUGGAUUACCUUCGUGCUCGUGAGCAGCGUCUCCGUGAUACCAACGAGAGCACCAAUGAGCGUGUGAAGUGGUUUGCUUUUGGAACCAUGGGUAUGCUGGUUGGUCUUGGUGCUUGGCAAGUUGUUUACCUGCGUGCCUACUUCCGGUCUAAGCACCUUAUCUAA